AAUCGCAGACAUUUGAUCAAAUUAUAUGACUCUAUGGCAAAAAUAAAGUUUAUUAAAGAUAAAUUAGGGGUUGGCAUGUAUGCCAAAGAUGGCGAAUACGUUGAGUUUGAUGGAAGCUGUGAAUGUUCUGGACAAGUUGAAAAAUGGCUAAAUAAAUUGACAGAUAUAAUGCGUUCAUCAGGCCGUCAGUACUUUAGCAAAGCAGUAAGAUCCUAUGAUGAGAAACCAAGAAGAUUAUGGAUAUUUGAUUACCCAGCUCAAACAGCUUUAUGUGGUGUUCAAAUAUGGUGGACUGCUGAAACUAACGAUGCCUUUAAUCAACUUGAAAUAGGUCAUGAAAACGCGCUAAAAGAAUACAACAAAAAACAAAUAGUGCAGUUGAAUGAACUUAUUGAUUUACUAUUGGAAGACUUGACCAAAGGAGACCGCCAAAAAGUGAACACAAUUUGUACUAUUGACGUGCAUUGCCGGGAUGUAGUUGCAAAAAUGAUUCAACAGAAAAUUGAAACUGGUUCUGCUUUUCAGUGGCAAUGUCAACUAAGACACAGAUGGGAUUUAAAAGAAUCAGAUUGUUUUGCCAACAUUUGUGACGCGCAAUUUCGGUAUUGGUAUGAAUACUUGGGAAAUACUCCUAGAUUGGUUGUGACCCCCUUGACAGAUAGAUGUUAUAUAACGUUAACACAGUCAUUACAUUUAAUAAUGGGUGGAGCUCCUGCUGGACCAGCCGGUACUGGAAAAACUGAGACAACUAAAGAUUUAGGGAAAGCUAUAGGAAUGAUGGUCUACGUUUUUAAUUGUUCCGAACAAAUGGAUUUUAGGUCAUGUGGUAAUAUAUACAAAGGUCUUGCUCAAACUGGUGCUUGGGGAUGUUUUGAUGAAUUUAAUAGAAUAUCCGUAGAAGUAUUGUCCGUGGUGGCAACUCAAGUUAAAUCAGUGUUAGACUCCAUUAAAGCGAAAAAGAACACCUGUUUUCUGUUGGGUGAUAAUGUUAAUCUCAUUCCAACUAUUGGUAUGUUUAUUACGAUGAACCCUGGAUACGCGGGACGAGCAGAACUUCCUGAAAAUCUUAAAACAUUGUUCAGGCCUUGUGCUAUGGUUGUACCAGAUUUUGAAUUAAUUUGUGAAAUUAACUUGAUUGCUGAAGGUUUCCAAAACGCAAGGUUACUUGCUAGAAAAUUCUUAACGCUUUACUCGCUUUGCAAAGAACUCUUAUCAAAACAAGAUCAUUAUGAUUGGGGAUUAAGAGCUAUUAAGUCGUUAUUAGUUGUUGCCGGAUCAUUGAAGCGGGCAGAUAGAAAUCGUCCCGAAGAUGAAGUUUUAAUGCGAGCUCUUCGAGAUUUUAACACUCCAAAAAUUGUAACUGAAGAUACUACUAUAUUUAUGGGACUUAUUGGUGAUUUGUUCCCUGCACUAGACGUGCCCCGAAAACGUGAUUUUGAAUUUGAAAAGCAAGUUCGUCAAGCUACAAUUGACUUGAAACUCCAGCCAGAGGAUAAUUUCAUUCUCAAGGUAGUGCAACUAGUGGAGUUAUUAGAAGUUAGGCAUUCAGUUUUUAUAAUUGGCUUAGCCGGUACGGGCAAGUCUGAGGUGUGGAAAACUCUGUAUAGAACUUAUGCAAACUUGAAAUUUAAACCGUAUUAUAAUGACAUCGAACCAAAAGCAGUAACUAAUGACGAGUUGUUUGGCGUAAUUAGUCCGACUACCAGAGAAUGGGUGGACGGAUUAUUUUCGUGCCUGAUAAGAGAUCAAUCACAAAUGUCUGGUGAUGGAUCCAGAUGGAUGGUAAUGGACGGUGACAUAGAUCCUAUGUGGAUUGAGUCUUUAAACACAGUGAUGGACGAUAAUAAGGUGUUGACUUUGGCAAGCAAUGAACGUAUUGCCCUGACGCCAACAAUGCGUCUGUUAUUUGAGAUAUCCAAUUUGCGGUCUGCCACACCAGCCACUGUUUCCCGAGCUGGUAUACUCUACCUAAACCCUACAGAUCUUGGCUGGAAUCCAUAUGUUUCUAGUUGGAUUGACACUAGGGAUAAUGCAACUGAAAAAGCUGCUCUUCUGGUACUUUUUGAGAAAUAUGUGCCCAUCUGCUUAGAAGCGCUCAAAACAAAAUUCAAAAUCAUAACACCUAUACCGGAAAUAACGCACAUACAAAUGUUGUGCACGUUACUUGAUUGUCUUCUGACUCCCGUCAAUUGUCCCCCGGAAACCACUAGGGAUGUGUACGAAACGUAUUUUGUGUUUACUUGUCUUUGGGCUUUCGGUUCUGCAACUUUCCAAGAUCAGUUGAUUGAUUGGCGAGUUGAAUUUUCCAAAUGGUGGGUAACAGAGUUUAAAACGAUUAAAAUCCCAUCAUCAGGAAGUGUGUUCAAUUAUUUCAUCGAUCCUGAAUCAAAACAGUUUCUUCCUUGGUCAGAUCUUGUAUCAUCAUUCGAACUGAAUCCAGAUAUACCUCUACAACAAACACUAGUAAACACAAUAGAAACAACUAGGAUUAGAUAUUUCCUUGAUUUAUUGGUUGAUAAGAAAAAGGCAAUUAUGUUGGUCGGAGCUGCUGGUACUGGAAAAUCGGUCAUAAUUAAUGAUAAACUCAAAUCACUUUCUAAUGAUUUGUACGCUGUUGCAAAUGUACCGCUUAAUUUCUACACAACAUCUGAAAUGUUACAAAAGAUUUUGGAAAAACCAUUAGAGAAAAAAGCUGGAAGAAACUUUGGACCACCGGGUGGUAAAACACUAAUAUAUUUUAUUGACGAUAUAAACAUGCCCGAAGUCGAUCCUUAUGGAACCGUGCAGCCGCAUACCCUCAUCAGACAAUUUAUGGAUUACAAUCAUUGGUAUGAUAGGACAAAAUUAUGUCUAAAAGAUAUACAAAACGUUAUGUUUGCUUCGAGUAUGAAUCCAACUGCUGGAAGUUUUACUAUUGAUUCUCGACUGCAGAGACAUUUUUAUGUUUUUGCUAUGGGAUUUCCAUCACGUGAUGCAUUAUACUCAAUCUACUCUUCGAUUUUAACUCAACAUUUAAAAAAUCCAGUUAAUAAAUUCAACAGUACCGUGUUAAAAUUAGGAGAUUUAAUUGUACAGUUGGCGAUCAAUUUUCAUGACAAAAUUCUUACAGUAUUUUUGCCUACAGCUAUUAAGUUUCAUUAUAUAUUCAAUCUUAGAGAUAUGAGCAAUGUUUUUCAAGGAAUUAUGUUCACCACGGGUGAAUGUGUCUCAAAUACUAGUUCUUUCAUUCGCCUCUGGCUUCACGAGACUAGUCGAAUUUACUGUGAUAAAUUGAUUGAAAAAAAAGAUCAAGAAACCUUUUCAAAAACAAUUACUGAACAAAUAAAGAAAACUUUUAGUAACCUAGUAAUUGAGGAUAUACCAGAAAAUGAAUACUUGAUAAGCCCAUUGAUAUAUUCACAUUUUGCGGACGGUAUUGGUGAUCAAAAAUACAUGCCUGUGAGGUCAUGGCCAAUACUCCAAAAAUUACUAAACGAUGCAAUGAAGUCAUACAAUGAAUUUCUGGGGGCUAUUAAUUUAGUGCUAUUCGAAGACGCGAUGUCACACGUUUGCCGGAUAAACCGUAUUCUUGAACUUCCUAGAGGCAACGCGUUGCUCGUUGGUGUUGGUGGCAGCGGUAAACAAUCAUUGGCUCGCCUAUCAGCUUUUAUAUCUUCGCUAGAACCAUUCCAAAUACAGUUGAGGUCUUCAUAUGGCAUUGCCGAUUUGAAAGCUGACCUAGCCACCUUAUAUCUAAAGGCAGGGUUAAAAAACAUUGGCAUCAUGUUCCUGAUGACUGACUCUCAAGUGGCCGAUGAGAAGUUCCUUGUGCUCAUUAAUGAUAUGCUGGCCAGUGGCGAGAUUCCAGAGCUGUUUGCUGAUGACGAAAUUGAUAAUAUAAUUCAAACCAUCGCCCCAGAGGUUAAAGCAUCUGGUUUACCUGAAACUAAAGAGAACUGCUGGCAUUUUUUCAUCAACAAAGUGAGGUCAUUAAUAAAAAUUGUCUUGUGUUUUUCACCCGUUGGUAGCACAUUAAGAGUUCGAUCUAGACGAUUUCCAGCUCUAGUUACUUGCACUUCUAUCAACUGGUUUUACGAAUGGCCUAAAGAGGCAUUGGAAUCCGUAUCAUUCAGGUUUUUAGGCGAUUUGGUCGAACUUCCAGUCAAACUUAGAAGAUCAGUAUCUUUGUUUAUGUCCCAUGUGCAUAGUUCAGUAAAUGAUAUGUCACUAAGGUAUUUAACAAAUGAUCGUCGUUACAAUUAUACAACGCCAAAAUCAUUUUUGGAACAAAUUAAUCUCUACAUGAAACUAUUAGUGUCAAAGACCAAUGAUAUUAAGUACGGAAUCUACCGAUUCCAAAAUGGUAUUAAACAACUUUUAUCGUGCGCUGCUCAAGUCGAUAUUUUAAAAGUCGAAUUAGAUGUACAAGAGAUUGAAUUAUCUAAGAAAAAUACUAAAGCUGAAGAGCUAAUCAAAGUGGUCCAAAAAGAAACAGAAAAAGUGAAGUAUGAAAAAUACAAAGCUGCUGAAGAAGAAGACAAAGUUAAAUUGAUUGAAGAAGAUGUUGGUUUGAAACAACGAUUGUGUGCAGAAGAUUUAGAAAAAGCAGAACCAGCGUUGGUAGCUGCACAAAGUGCUUUAGAUACAUUAAAUAAAAAUAAUUUAACAGAACUGAAAUCAUUUGGAUCACCUCCAUUAGCUGUAAUAAAUGUAGUAUCAGGAGUUAUGGUAUUACAAGCCAAAAAAGGAAAAGUUCCAAAGGAUAGAAGCUGGAAAGCUUGCAAGGUAAUGAUGGCAAAAGUUGAUGGAUUUUUAGAUUCGCUUAUAAACUAUGAUAAAGAGCAUAUACACCCGGAUGUAGUCAAAGCAAUUCAGCCAUAUUUGAAAGAUCCAGAAUUUGACCCAGACCUAAUCGCGUCAAAGUCUUCAGCUGCUGCUGGUUUAUGUAAAUGGGUAAUAAAUAUAAUGAAGUUUAAUACCGUUUGGCAAGUUGUUGAGCCUAAAAGAAAAGCUCGGGAUCAAGCAAACGAAGAGCUGAGCGCUGCUAGGAAUAAACUGAUGGAGCUUAGAAAUAUGAUAAUUGAAUUGGAAAGGAAACAAAAAAUUUUAACCGACGAGUUUGAUGGCGCAGUAGCUGAAAAAACUAAUUGUCAAAAUCAAGCUGAUGAAACAUCUAUGAGGAUUGAUUUAGCAAACCGACUUGUAAAUGGCUUAGCAUCAGAAAAUGUCCGUUGGAAAGAGAGUGUUUCGACAUUGCAAAAAAGUUUGCAAACUUUACCUGGGGAUACUCUUAUGGUUUCUGCUUUUGUAUCAUAUGUAGGUUACUUUACAAAAAUGUAUCGUCAAGAACUAAUUCAAAAUGCAUGGUUACCUUUUUUCAAAGAAGUUAAGCCCGAGAUACCAAUUACAGAUAAUUUAGAUCCGCUAUCUUUACUCACUGAUGAUGCACAAAUUGCAGCUUGGAAUAAUGAAGGUCUACCAAAUGAUAGGAUGUCAUCUGAAAAUGCAACAAUUUUAACUAAUUCUGUUAGAUGGCCAUUGAUGGUUGAUCCUCAACUUCAAGGAAUUAAAUGGAUUAAAACAAAAUAUGGCAGAAGCUUAAGAAUUACCAGACUGAACUAUAAAAAUUAUUUAUUUGAUAUAGAAGUUUGUGUAAGAGAUGGGAACGUUCUGUUGAUCGAAAAUAUAGGUGAAAACAUUGACCCCGUUUUGGAUAACAUUAUUGGCCGAAACUUGAUAAAAAAAGGAAGUGCUGUAAAAAUCGGUGAAAAAGAGAUUGAUUACAAUCCAAAUUUCCGUCUUAUAUUGCACACAAAAUUAUCAAACCCACAUUACAAACCUGAAAUGCAAGCACAGACAACACUAAUUAACUUCACUGUGAACCGUGAUCAACUUGAAGAUCAAUUAUUAGCAGAAGUUGUGAAAGUUGAAAGACCUGAUUUAGAAAAAAUGAGGAUUAAUCUGACUAAACAACAAAAUAGUUUUAAAAUAACAUUAAAACAACUCGAAGAUGAUCUAUUACAGAGACUGUCAUCAGCUGAUGGUGAUCAGAUACUCGGUGACAAAGAACUUGUUUUAAACCUUGAAAAGUCCAAAAAAACGGCUACAGAAAUUGAAAUAAAAGUGGCUGAAGCAAAAAUAACAUCAAAAGAAAUUGACUCUGCCCGUGAAGAAUAUCGCGUUGCUGCAACACGAGCAUCAAUAGUUUACUUUAUAAUGAAUGAUUUGAUAAAAAUAAAUCCAAUGUAUCAGUUUUCUUUAGAGGCUUUUAGUGUUGUCUUCCAACGAGCUAUGAGAGAAGCAGAAAAAGCAGACACAUUAAAUAAACGAAUAGUCAAUUUGGUGGAUAAUAUAACUUAUCAAACAUUUAUUUAUACUAGUAGAGGAUUAUUUGAAAAGGAUAAGUUAAUAUUCAUUUGUCAAGUCACUAUUCAGGUACAAAUUCAAGCAAAUAAAAUAAAACCGAUAGAGUUAGAAUAUUUGUUGAGAAGGCCAGCAAUUUCUGGAUUAACUAGUCCAUUUGAUUUUAUUUCAUCAAAUGUAUGGGGAGCUAUAAAAUCACUUGUUUUAGCUGAUGAUGAAUUUGUAGGUCUAGACAAGGAUAUUGAAACUUCGGGUAAACGGUGGCAGUUAUACAUUGAUGGAGAAGCUCCAGAGAAUGAUAAACUACCUCAAGAAUGGAAAAACAAAACUCCAUUCCAGAGACUUUGCAUAAUAAGAGCUUUAAGAACUGAUCGAAUGACUUAUGCUACUAAAGUAUACGUCCAAGAUGUUCUUGGUCUCAAAUAUACCAAUUUUAGACCUCCAGAGUUCAUUGAUUCAUUCAAAGAAACUACCUGUAAAACACCUGUAUUUUUUAUAUUAUCAGCAGGAGUUGAUCCAACACGCGACGUUGAAGCUGUUGGUAAAAAAAAAGGAUUUACAAUUGAAAAUAAGAACUUUCAUAACAUAUCUUUAGGGCAAGGACAAGAACAAGUGGCAGAAGAUGCUAUAGAGUUAAGUUCUCGGUUGGGUAAUUGGGUUAUGUUACAAAAUGUGCAUCUAGUACAAAAAUGGCUGCCUUCUUUGGAUAAAAGAAUGGAAGCAUCUUUUGAACAUCCACAUGUCAAUUAUAGAAUAUUCAUUAGUGCUGAACCCGCCGCUGACCCACUCUAUCACAUUAUUCCUCAAGGUGUCUUAGAUUCUUCCAUCAAAAUUACUAACGAACCACCAACAGGAAUGAUGGCAAAUUUACAUAAAGCUUUAGAUAAUUUUAAUCAAGACACACUUGAGAUGUGUUCUAAAGAAGCAGAAUUUAAAGCAAUUCUGUUUAGUUUAUGUUAUUUUCAUGCAUCAGUACAGGAAAGAUUAAAUUUUGGAGCUCAAGGAUGGAAUAGAUCAUAUCCAUUUAAUGUGGGUGAUUUGACUAUUUCUAUCAAUGUAUUAUACAAUUACCUGGAAGCCAACAAUAAAGUUCCUUGGGAGGACCUUAGAUAUCUUUUUGGAGAGAUCAUGUAUGGUGGACACAUUACCGACGAUUGGGAUAGAAGAUUAUGUCGGACAUACCUUGAAGUCUUCAUGAAUCCAGAUCUAAUGGAAGGAGAUCUUUUAUUUGCACCUGGUUUUGUGGCCCCUCCAAAUACAGACUAUAAGUCAUAUCAUGAAUAUAUAGAUGAUUUGCUGCCAUCAGAAAGCCCUAUACUCUAUGGGCUACAUUCAAAUGCUGAACUUGGCACACUCAGUACAAGGUCUGAAAAUUUAUUCCAGACUCUAUUGGAAAUGCAGCCUAGAGAUUCUGGAUCAUCUGGCGGAACUGGUAUGUCAAGGGAUGAGAAAGUUAGACAAGCUUUGGACGACGUUCUUGAUAAAGUUCCAGAACCAUUUAAUUUAAUAGAUAUGAUGAGUAAGGCUGAAGAACAAACUCCUUACGUAAUCGUUUCAUUUCAAGAAUGUGAGCGCAUGAAUGGAUUAAUGAACGAAAUAAGAAGAUCAUUAAAAGAGCUACAUUUAGGAUUAAAGGGGGAACUGACAAUAACUGCAGAGAUGGAGGCGUUAGAAGAAUGUUUGUUCAUGGAUAGAGUUCCGCCUAGCUGGGAAAAGCGUGCUUACCCAUCGUUAUUAUCUUUAGCAGCUUGGUAUGCAGAUUUAUUAAAGAGAUUGCGUGAACUAGAGUCUUGGGUUAGCGAAUUUCAGCUUCCAUCGUCGGUAUGGUUAGGUGGGUUUUUCAACCCACAAUCGUUUUUAACUGCUAUAAUGCAGUCCACCGCUCGAAAAAUGGGAUGGCCUUUAGAUAAAAUGUGCUUACAAUGUGAUGUGACAAAAAGAUAUGAAGAAGAAAUAACGGUUGCACCUAGAGAAGGUGCCAUGAUAAAUGGAUUGAUAUUAGAAGGUGCUCGUUGGGAUUUAACCACAGGUUGUAUUGUUGAUUCGAUUCCGAAAGAAUUGUUUCCAAUAAUGCCGGUUAUACACUUUAAAGCUAUUAUCAAAGACAAACAAGAUUUGAGAAAUAUUUACGAAUGCCCAGUUUACAAAAUUAAACUAAGAGGUCCAACAUACGUGUGGACAUUUAAUUUGAGAACAUGGCAAAAGCCAUCCAAAUGGAUUUUAGCUGGUGUAGCAAUAUUACUUAGUGUAUAGUUAUAAAUACUGAGUACCAAAUAAAUGUGAUUUAAAUUGA